GAUUUGUUUCAGAGUAUAACAAUAAUAAUUCCAUACAAUUUUAUGGAAUUGUCUUUUACAAAAUUGAAAAAAGGGUUUUCAUAUCUAUUAUCUCAUUAGUUCUUCAUAACAAUCCCGUGAAGUGGUCAGCAUAGGUACUAUUGUGUCAAAUUUAUAAACAAGGGAACUUAAGCUCAGAGAAGUUAAAUGACUUGUCCAAGGUAACACAGCUAGAAAGUUGUAGAACUGGAGCCUGAAUCCAGGUUUCCUGAUACCCAGCCCCAAUAUUUCUUCAAUUGUGUCAUGUUUCCUUUCUAAGCGACUAUCUCCUUUUUGUUCCUAUCAUGAUUAUUCUUCAAAUUGGUCUAAAAAUGUGCUUCCGUUUAGCAGAUGAGUAAAACUGAAGCACUUACAGGCAAAGUGCCUUCUUAAGGUCAUCUAUGGAGAGAGGCUUGCAUAUAGCUCUUAGCUUUUCAUCUUGACUUUGAACUAUUUUUAGGUAUACAUAGAUUGUUUUCUAGUGUUAAAUAUAUGCACAAAAGUUGUGUGAUCUAGUGAUUAUAGGUGUGAAAGCUGCAUCUGGGGAAUGGGACUAGAGGUGAAAAGUUGGCUUAAAAUAAUUAGCUUCUUGCCUUUUUGUUAAGAGAUGUCGUGUUCGAUAUAAUUUAAUUUCUUCAUACUUCCUUUGCUUCCAGCCUUUUAAGUACAAUUCUUUAGGGGAAAUUAGCAAAUACUCAUUUUGAAUGUUGAUUUCUCAGGAACAAGGGUAGCUAGAGGAAAGAGAAAGCAGAAGGGUGACUUUUCAUGCUCUAUAAGAGUGGGGAAACAUUAUUUCGUUUGGAGCUAUGAGCUAAGAUUUCUUCUAAGGCAUGCAAAUCGUAAAGUUCUGAUUUGUCAACUGCAUGCUGUUUCUUUAGGCACUGAUGUAUGAAAUCCCGAACGAAUUCUCCGAUGAACAUACUGCUAAUUGCUUCUCCACCUGCUCUCCAACCUCCUCCCCCCACCCCCUCUACUCCCAAUUCAGCCUAUAAGUGUCCGUCAUUGGAGAUGGAUGGUGACACAUGCAGUAAUAGCAAUUCAUAAAAGCCAGUUCCAGCCCUUGUCUUCAAGGCUCCUGGAUUUUCCACUGCCUGCUUUUGUGUAAGUGAAGUGGAUGGAAGUGCUACUGGCAUCAGAAUCCACCUCCUUAUGCUCCGUUGCUAGAGCUCAGUUGCUCGGCUGGAGCUGAGCUAAACAGAAGCAUCGGAUCUAAGCUGAAUUGUAACUGUUUUUCUUUUUCCUCAGUGGGGGGGGGGUGGAUUAGGGGUAGUGUGUAGUGGGGUUUGGGGUGCUUUGGCUUUUCUUUUUGUUGAGAGAAGAGGGUAAGGGGAGAAUAACUCACGGUAGGAUACAACGUGAAACAGUUCCCUGAAGAGUGUCACGAUGUUCCUGGUACAAUAUACAGGAUUGAACCAGCUGCCCUUUGACCCUGCCAACAACAACGAACCCCUGCAGUUUGGUAGUUCCAGUGGCCCUCUGGUCACAGAAGGCCUCAUUGAGAAUGGAGGGGAGUCAAGCAAGAAAAGAAAAAGAACAAAUGCUCCUUCAGCUGAUAAUAGUAGAACUCUGAAUGUGGAUUCCACUGCAAUGACGCUACCUAUGUCUGAUCCAACUGCGUGGGCCACAGCAAUGAAUAAUCUUGGAAUGGCACCACUGGGAAUUGCUGGACAACCAAUUUUACCUGACUUCGAUCCUGCUCUUGGAAUGAUGACUGGAAUUCCACCAAUAACUCCAAUGAUGCCUGGCUUAGGAAUAGUACCUCCUCCAAUUCCACCAGAUAUGCCAGUAGUAAAAGAGAUCAUACACUGUAAAAGCUGCACGCUUUUCCCUCCAAAUCCAAAUCUUCCACCUCCUGCAACUCGAGAACGACCACCAGGGUGCAAAACAGUAUUUGUGGGUGGCCUGCCUGAAAAUGGGACAGAGCAGAUCAUCGUGGAAAUGUUCGAGCAGUGUGGAGAGAUCAUUGCUAUUCGGAAGAGCAAAAAGAACUUUUGUCACAUUCGCUUUGCUGAGGAAUACAUGGUGGACAAAGCCCUUUAUCUUUCUGGUUACCGGAUUCGCCUGGGCUCUAGCACUGACAAGAAGGACACAGGCAGGCUCCACGUCGAUUUUGCACAGGCUCGGGAUGACCUGUAUGAGUGGGAAUGCAAACAGCGUAUGCUCGCAAGGGAGGAGCGCCACCGUAGAAGGAUGGAAGAAGAAAGAUUGCGCCCACCAUCCCCACCACCAGUGGUCCACUAUUCAGAUCAUGAAUGCAGCGUUGUUGCUGAAAAACUAAAAGAUGAUUCUAAAUUCUCAGAAGCUGUGCAGACCUUGCUGACCUGGAUUGAACGAGGAGAGGUGAAUCGUCGCAGCGCCAACAACUUCUACUCUAUGAUCCAGUCGGCCAACAGCCACGUUCGCCGCCUGGUGAAUGAGAAAGCUGCCCAUGAGAAAGACAUGGAAGAAGCAAAGGAGAAAUUCAAGCAGGCCCUUUCUGGAAUUCUCAUUCAAUUUGAGCAGAUAGUAGCUGUGUACCAUUCCGCCUCCAAACAAAAGGCAUGGGACCAUUUCACAAAAGCCCAGCGUAAAAACAUCAGCGUUUGGUGCAAACAAGCUGAGGAAAUUCGCAACAUACAUAAUGAUGAAUUAAUGGGAAUCAGGCGAGAAGAAGAAAUGGAGAUGUCCGAUGAUGAAAUAGAAGAAACCACAGAAACAAAAGAAACUGAGGAAUCAGCCUUAGUAUCACAGGCAGAAGCUCUGAAGGAAGAAAAUGACAGCCUCCGUUGGCAGCUCGAUGCCUAUAGGAAUGAGGUAGAAUUGCUCAAGCAAGAACAAGGCAAAGCCCCCAAAGAAGAUGACCCAAACAAGGAACAGCAGCUGAAACUCCUGCAGCAAGCCCUGCAAGGAAUGCAACAGCAUCUGCUCAAAGUCCAAGAGGAAUACAAAAGGAAAGAAGCUGAACUUGAAAAAGUCAAGGAUGACAAGUUGCAGAUGGAAAAAAUGUUGGAAAAUCUUAAAGAAAAGGAAAGCUGUGCUUCUGUACUGUGUACAUCGAGCCAGGACAGUGACUACCCUCUUGAGAAGACCCUGAACAGCAGCCCUAUCAAAUCCGAACGUGACAUUCUACUCGUGGGGAUUAUUUCCACAUUUCUUCAUGUCCAUCCAUUUGGAGCAAGCAUUGAAUACAUCUGUUCCUACUUGCACCGUCUAGACAAUAAGAUCUGCACCAGCGAUGUGGAGUCUCUCAUGAGCAAGCUGCAGCACACCUUCAGGCAGGAAAUGACCGGGGUCGGAGCCAGUCUGGAGAAGAGGUGGAAGUUCUGUGGCUUCGAGGGCCUGAAACUGACCUGAAUGCCACGGCCUGACAGCCUGGGCUUCUGCAGAUGAAUGUGUGGUGGACAUGCUGAGAAAGUGAUUUGUAUUCGCAAUGGUUUUCAAGUGGGAAGUGCUUUAAAUUUGCCGGGUCAUUCCCGGAAUAUCUUUUGAGUUAAAAUAAGGAUCCUAGAGCAGCACCUCGAGCUACAGGCCCUAAAAAGAAAUGGACUCAGACCCUCAAGCACUGUAAUUUGCUCCCAUUCUGUCAGUGGCUUGUCUCUUUUAUUAGUGAUAUUGAAAAAGGCCUGAGGCUAAAGAGUAUUUGGGGUGUUUUCAGUGUCUGUACUACUGUCCUAGAGUUUGGUAUUUUUUUAAACACUGUUAAUUGAAAUGUUUUGAUGAUUUGUAUGUGAUUUGUGUUUCAAAACUUCUCUUCAGAUUAAUGUUGCUACUGGGAAGAGGAACGAGAGGAGCACUAGGUACUCCAUAACUGAUGUGGUCUUUCCGAUCCCCAGUAAGCCAGUAAGUGAAUAACACAGCAUCUUCUAGAAGGUGCCUGACCAGGCUCACCUUUUAAAAGACAAAGCAUGGUUUGUGGCUUUUUGCAAAAUUACUGUGAACCAAAAGUUGACAAAUGUUCCAAAGUUAUUUUCUCUAAUAUAGCAGAUUAAAAACAUCUAGAUGUAUUCACAGAAAGCAAGUGUCCAGUAUGACUGGCAUGUGUAUGUGCUAUUCAGAAUCACCUUGUAAAUAGUCUGCUUUUAAAGGAGGGCAUGUUUAGUUUUCUGUGAAUUAAAACACGUGUGCGCAUGUGCACAUGCAUGUACACACACAUGUUAGCAGAAGGGAUUCGUUUUAAUAUGCCUUCCCUCUGGCCUUCUUACAAAGUCUGUUGGUCCCUUUUCUUCUGCCGUCAGCGUGUUGAAUUGCAAACCGUGUACUGCUGUAAAUACUAUGUUCACUUCAAGCUGAAUGUUUGCAAACAGUUGAUAUGAGUGUUAGUAGAACACUCCUGGUAAUGAAUGAGCCCGGGUGUGUGAGGUUUCCUGCAAAUAGCUCAGCUCUGCCUGGAGCGCUGAUGGCUGGGGGCACCUCCAGUUCUGUGGUGCCCACCAGCAGUUUGCAAUGGCGGAGUGUACGUGGACCAGUCAGGAAGUCCUGCUUGAUGGAAACGAAAGGGAAAGGAUGAGGCUUUGGGGCUAUUAUCCUGAGGCACAGAUGAUCCUUUCUUCUGUGGUGUUGCUAGUGCCUAUAGUAACACGAGCAUGCCCUCCCUUGAGUCUUGAUUCAAAGUAAAAGAAUGUACUAAGUAAGCAAAGCCAAUGAAGAGUAUUUCAGGAAAAUGCUUUGUAAAUGAGAUGCCGGUAGUGUUCAAAGUUGUAUUUUUCAAAGAUAAAUAUUCCUUUUUUAUACCUCAGUUUGGUGUUCUGUUUUGAAUUACUUGUUCUCUAAUCCUUUAGUGAAUCAUCUCGAUUUCUUCUUUGGACUACCAGGAUGUUGAAAGAAGAUGCUAAACCUUCGCCUUGACAACUAGCAAUAGGGCCCCACAGCCGCUCAGUCAUGCUGAAAGCUGGCUUCCCCCUGAAGCACGCAGCUGUGGCGUGAGCAGGGAGCUACAGUUCUGUUUCUAGCCUCCUCCCUGAAGCCACGCUGGCUUCUGCGCUACAGAAGCCUUGGCUUUGUCAGUCUCAGAGGUUCUGGAACGCCUUAUUUUAAUAACAUCUUUGAAAUCAAGGGAAAUUUGCCACUGAUCAAUUAUUUCUUAUUUAAAUAAGUUAAAUACCAUGAAAUUGUAAAACAACAGAUUUUAAAGCAGCAACUGUUACACCAAGGCCUCUUGCUGUCCUUCACUUAAUCAACUUGUGCUACAAAUGGUCUCUUUCUAUUAUGCUGGCCAGUUGAGUCCAGGUGUACUCCUCCCAGCCUGCUUGAAUACACUGGUUGUGAAGGUUAAGUUUGUGUGUCAAGCUGGCUAGGCUAUAGUGCCCAGUUGCUUAAUCAAACACCAGUCUAGACGUUGCUGUGAAGGUAUGUUUGAAAAGGUAUCAUUAAUAUUGAAACUGGUAGACUUUGAAUCGAAGCAGAUUGUCCUCCAUAAUGUGGCUGGACCUCAUCUAGUCCAUUAAAGACCUGAAGUCCUCUGAGGAGAGAGGAAUUGUGCCUCCAGAUUGCCUUUGGAUUCACGACUGUAGCAUUAACACCUGCCAGAAUUUCCAGACUACUGGCCAGCUCUACAAAUUUCAAAUUUGCCAGCCCCCACCAUCACAUGAGCCAAUCCUUAAAAUAAAUUCGUGUGUGUGUGUGUGUGCGUGUGUGUGUGUGUGUAUACACAUCUGACUGGUUCUGUUUCUUUGGCGAACCCUGACUACUAUGCUAGUCCAAAGUUGUCAUAAUGUGUAAAAAUAAAAUCCAUUUGCAUUAUAUUACAUAAUCAAAUUGCAGCACAUACCAUCUCACAAUUCUUCCCAUCCAUUAUAGAAAUAUAUUAAUGAAGCUAUUUUGCCUUGCAACUGCUCAGUGCUAUUUAUUCUAUCUAUUGUUCUUUAUUCUGCUUAAAUUUUGAAGUAUUACUGUUUUGUUAUUUUUAGGAGAUCCAAUAGUUAGAUUUUUCCAGAUAAUAAUGAAUAGAAGCAUUUUUAAAUUUUACAAAUGGUUGUUUUAUCUCUCUUUCCAGUCCUGUGACAUCUAUAGUUCUGAUUCUUUAAUGUUACCAAGUUGCUUGUUAAAUGUUCUCAGUGAAAAUGAAAUAGUUUUCAGAGCAAACUAAGCACUUACCUAUGUUCUGGUUAUACAGAGUUUUGUUCUUAAUUGGGCCGAAAACUGUAUGUUUUUCAUAGAAUGCAGAAUAAACUAUAUCCCUUGAAAAGACAGCAUAGAUGUGCAAGACCUUUGACUCACCUGCUGGAACUGGGUAAGCCCUUGGGAUUCUUAGCUGUCUUGGACCAUCUCUCAGACCCAGAUUCACUUUUCACCACAAUCGCUCCCAUCUGCUGAGCGCCUAUUAUGCUGUCCUGCCCCCUACAGUCACUUCCUGCCUGUGUGUCAAGUUACACGGACACAAUGAGAGCUUCAAUUUCCUUAUGGGUAAAUUUCAGGAGAAAUAAUACCUGAUAGUGGUGGUAAAGAAUCAUCAAGAUAGCAUGUGAAAAUUGCCCAGCCAGUGCCUGGACCAUAGUGAGUUCACAAUAAAGAGUUAUGAUUAGGAUUCAGCCAAAAAGAAUUAUAAGCUAUG